AUCAUGAAGCUUGCCGUCGCGGUCUUCGUUGCCCUCAUCGCGGCCUGCUCGGCCAUCAACCCGCGCUUCAUCAACCGCUACGUGCACAGGAACGCCCAGCCGGCCUUCAUCGCGACGCCCGGGGGCUGCUCUCAGCUGUGCCACAUGCAGCCGCUCAAGAGCCACCGCCGGCUGCCGGUGCAGACGGAGCUGGCACACAAGGUGACCCUCAAGACACCUGAGGGCGACAAGGAGAUCGAGUGUGCUGACGACCAGUACAUCCUCGACGCCGCCAAGGAGGCCGGCAUCGAGGUCCCCUGCUCAUGCAGGUGCGUGCCUGCGGCCGGCGGGGUCGCCGGUGGAGAGAGCGGGCUGUUCAAGUAUGUCGACAACUCCAUCAUACACGGCCCGGAUGCUCACCUCCCCAAGUAAUUAGUGCCCAAUGCUUGCUUCUUGGACGCAAUCUGUUGUGUCAUGUGUGUGUGCGACAGAUAUCCGCGUGCGGCUGACUGGUGCCUCAUGUGCGGCAAUGCGGUCUGUGUGUGUUUUAAUGAGCGUCAGUGAAGGGCCCGGAGGGCAGAUACACAUUCGUCUCUCUGUGUAUAUGUGUGAGCCACCAUCCUGACGGGGCGCUGGAUGGGGUCACUGGUCGUUUCAUCAUCACAUCUCUCUCUCUCUCUCUCUCUGUGUAUAUGUGUGAGCCACCAUCCUCACGGGGCGCUGGAUGGGGUCACUGGUCGUUUCAUCAUCACAUCUCUCUCUCUCUCCCUCUCCCUGUAUGUGUGAGCCACCAUCCUCACGGGGCGCUGGAUGGGGUCACUCGUCGUGCGUGUGUGCAACAGACGACGGUCCAUAUUUGGUGCGGGCUGCGGCACCAUGGUGCUUGGGCGUCAUGAGUGGUGUGCGGCAGGCGAUGUGGUCCGGUGCGUGCGUGUGUGGUGUGCCUAUGUCUUGCUCUGUGUCUCUAAUUGCUGCCCCUCCCAAGUACAUAGGUCAGAGGAGGUUAUAUACGCUGAUAUAGCUGCCUGCGUCAGUGAUGUGUGCAUGGCUGUUGCUGUGGACCGC